GUCUGGAAAGUGAUUGUAGAAGUGGUUAUGUUAGGGAAGUAAUUGAAAGUGACGAGAAAUUAGCUAUUGGGAAAAGAGAGUGUUGGAGAAAUUAUAUGGACCUCACUGGAAUACCAGAACACUAA